CUGGAAAAUAAAACGAGAGGGAAACUUCAGAAGCAGAUUUGUCAAGUUGUUCUGGAUCACUUUGAGAAGCAGUACACGACAGAACUGGGAGAUGCAUGGGCCAGUGUCAGAGAGGUCCUCACAUCCCCGUUGUGCUGGCAGUAUGCCGUUCUCCUGAACAAGUUCAGCCAGUGCACUGAGCUAGAGACCAGCUUGUGUGUGGAGGGAUAUCAUCCUGCCUUUCAAGGAGGUUUACCCUAUCUUCCAGCAUCAUUUAAGUGUUACAUCAGGAGAACUCCUGGGAGAUUCCCUGCACAAAAACACCAGGCUGGUAAACUGAAAGAGUAUUACCUGCUGAAUGCUGCUUCGCUGCUACCAGUGUUGGCAUUGGAAGUGAAAGAUGGGGAAGACGUUUUGGAUCUCUGUGCUGCACCAGGGGGUAAAUCAGUAGCUAUACUGCAGUGUGCCUAUCCAG